GGGAGAUCAGAGUCUCAUGGACUUUCCUGCCUUGGCUGGCUUCGAACCACGAUCCUCCAGAUCCUGAGUCGUUGGGAUGACCGGCAUGAACCACGGCACCCGGCUUGGCUGUGUCCAUGAUCAUCUCUGCAACUGUCCCAGGGAUCCCCCAGGGCACUGGGCCCCCCCACGACCUGGAUCAUCAGCACUCUAGAAGGUGGAGAAGAGACCUGGGGGAUGGGAGGGCCAGCCGCUGGGGCGGCCCUGUGGUGGAAUUUGCUCUCCUCUUUUGCAUAUGGACCGAUUGAUGGAGCCCAUGACAGACAUCUCCUGCUUCUGCUCCUGGGCCGCCCCUUCGAGCUCCGUGUGGAUAAAUAGGGCAGCGCAGGUGGACGGGAGGAGCCCAGAGAAAGGGUACAGGGGGCGGCUCAGGGCUCAAGCUGGGAGCCCAGGAAUCCAGGCCGGCCCUGCUCAGAGAGCGCCUGGCAUCAUGGGGUUGCACAUGGACAGGGCGUAUUUUGUGGGCCAUCACUGGCUUUACUUCUCUGUGUACCUCGUGGCCUUCAUGGUAGGCCUCCCACUCAACCUGCUGGCGCUGGUGGUGUUCGUGGGCAAACUCCGCCGGCGCCCGGUGGCCGUGGACGUGCUGCUGCUCAACCUGACGCUGUCCGACCUGCUGCUGCUGCUCUUCUUGCCCUUCCGCAUGGUGGAGGCGGCCAGCGGCCUGCGCUGGCCUCUGCCCUUCAUCCUGUGCCCGCUGUCCAGCUUCCUCUUCUUCACCACCGUGUACCUCACCUCCCUCUUCCUGGCGGCCGUGAGCGUUGAGCGCUUCCUCAGCGUGGCCUACCCGCUGUGGUAUCGAACCCGGCCCCGCCUGGGCCAGGCCAUCAUGGUCAGCGUGGGCUGCUGGCUGCUGUCCGGGGCCCACUGCAGCGUGAUCUACGUGGCGGAAUUCUCUGGAAACUCUUCCGAGAGCCAAGGAAGCAAUGGGACGUGUUACCUGGAGUUCCGAGAUGACCAGCUGGCCGUGGUGUUGCCCGUGCGGCUCACCAUGGCCGUGUUGCUUUUUGGGGUACCCCUGCUCAUCACCAGCUAUUGCUACGGGCGCCUGGUGUGGCUGCUGGGCCGGGGGGCCAGCCGGCGGCGGAGGACCCGGGUUUUGGGGCUCCUGAUCGCCACGCUGCUCAACUUCAUCGUGUGCUUCGGGCCCUACAAUGUGUCUCACAUAGUGGGGUUCAUGCAGGGGGUGAGCCCCACCUGGAGGGGCUACGUGCUGCUGCUCAGCACCCUCAACUCCUGCGUGGACCCCCUCGUCUACUACUUCUCCUCCUCCCGCUUCCAAGUCGACUUCCAGAACCUUCUGCGGAGGCUGGUAGGGGGCAGGAGCCCCCUGGCUGUGGACAGCAGCCUGGAACUGAAAGGGAAGGGGGGAGGGGGGCAGAGGGAGAUCACAGCCUCCCGGAGAAGUGAGGAUUCCCAGACUCCAGCCUUCCCAGGACCCAUGGCAGACCGGUACAGCACGUGGAUCCUGGCGGCCUACGUGGCCAUAUUCAUCACCGGCCUCCCGGCUAACCUCGUGGCUCUGCGGGCCUUUUUGGGGAGACUCCAACAGCCACACCCAGCCCCGGUGCACGUCCUGCUGCUCAGCCUCACGCUGGCCGACCUGCUGCUGCUGCUACUGCUGCCUUUCAAGAUGGCAGAGGCGGCGUGGGGCUUUGUGUGGCCACUGCCCAGGGCCCUGUGCGCGCCCACGGCCUUCGCCCAGUACAGCAGCAUCUACUGCAGCACUGGGCUGCUGGCGGCCAUCAGCGUGGAGCGCUAUUUGGGGGUGGCCUUCCCGGUGAGGUACAAGCUGGCCCGGAGGCCGCUGCACGGCGUGCUGGCCGCCUUGCUGGCCUGCACGCUGGCCUGCGGCCAUUGCACCAUCGUUAUCGUCAUUGAGUACGUCAACGCCACGCAGCUGGCCACAGCUGGCCGCAGCUGCUACGGCGACUUCACGGCGGCCCAGCUGGCCGUGCUGCUGCCCGUGCGCCUGGAGCUGGGCCUCGUUCUCUUCCUGCUGCCGCUGAUCAUCACCGCCUUCUGCUACUGGCGCCUGGUGCGGCUGGUGUGGGGCCAGGCCCACGCGGGACCGCGGCGGCGCAGGGCGGCCGGGCUGGCCCUGGUCAGCCUGCUCAGCUUCCUGCUCUGCUUCGGGCCCUACAAUGUGUCCCACGCCGUGGGCUUCUACCUGCACACAAGCCCGCCGUGGCGCGUGGAUGCCCUGAUCUUCACGGCCCUCAAUGCCAGCCUGGACCCGUUGCUGUUCUACUUCUCUUCUUCCACGAACCAGAAGUGGAGCUGUGGCUCAAGUGGCAGAGCAAAAGAACUUAGGACCGUGUCCAGUGAGCAGGAAGCGGGGACAUUGUUCAGCCGUGAGUGA